UUCCCACAUUUUGAAGUCCGCUCUUUUAUUUUUUAUUAUUUUUCGUCAUUAAAAGCAAUAAUUAAUUUUUUCCAAAUUUUACAGUCUCAGAUAUAUAUGUACAUUACUCUUAAAAGUUAAACGUAACACGUAACUUAUGAGAGUAUACAUUGGACUAAAACACAUGGAUAUAAGUCGCUGAAAUGUCACGAUUGCGUUUGUGCAGUUUUCUCACCCAAACAUUUCUUUCGUGGAGAUAUUAUUCUAUAUUUAAAAAAAAGAAACAUCUAUUGAAUUUCUUUCGGUAUUAUAUCGAUCGCUUAAUGUGCGACUGCACAUUAAAGAUAUAGUGUUAAAUUGCGAGUGUGUAUUUUGCGCCCUUCGGCAGUAAAGCUGAAUGCUGAAUUACGAAAUUAUAUAGAACGCUAAAAUUGACAUUAUAGAGAAGGAGAACUUGAGGGUUGGAAAGAAGGGUAAUAUAAUGGGCUGAACAUGAAUAGUGGGGAUACGUACAGAACCUUUGUUGACUUCAGUUCUCUCAGAUGUGUUUUAGUGCUAGAAGUGAAAUGAUCAAUGUUUCGGAACAUCUCAGUCUGAAUCGUAUUCUUUUACUCAUACUUGGUUUAUGGCCUUAUAAUAAAUCUAAAUUUGCUCGACUUCAGUUAAUCUGUUGUUUCAGUAUUCUAAUAACCUCCGUUAUAUUUCAGUUAACAAUAUUUAUGACUGCAAAAUGUACUGCAGAUCUUGUGAUUAAAAUCUUUUCUUUGACAUUUGGUAUUAUUUGCCUAACGAUAACAUAUAAUUCUUUUGUAGUGAAAAAUGAAAAUGUCAAAUAUUUAAUAGAACAGAUUAAACAAAUCUGUGACGAUUUAAAAGACAAAAAUGAAAUUGCAAUCGUAGAAAAAUAUGGAAGCGAUGCAAAACGUUAUACGGUACAAAUAACAAUACUUAUCGGAAGCUUAGGGUUUAUUUUGGCGGGAAUUGAAUUAUGGCCAGAUUUUCAAGAUUUAUUCUUAUCGGUGAACAAAUCUCGAACACGUCACCUGCUGAUUGAAACCGAGUAUUUUAUCGACCAAGAAAAAUAUUUCUACUUAUUGCUAUUUCACAUAAAUGCAUCUUUCUUCAUAGGAGUACUUACAUUACUAGCAACAGGGACCAUGCUCCAUGCAUAUCUUCAAUAUGCCUGCGGAAUGUUUAAAAUUGCUAGUUAUCGUAUGGAGAGCACAAUGAAGAUUUAUAUAUCACAAGAUUUUAAUCUACGGAACAAGAAUUUUGUUCAAGAGGGUAUAAUUUAUGCCGUAGACAUUCAUAGGAAAGCCAUGAAGUUUUCUGACUAUUUAAUAUCCAGCUUUGAAGUAUCAUUUAUGUUUUUAAUAGUAUUCGGAGUACUUACUUUGAGCCUCAAUAUUCUUCGAAUUACAUCAUUAAAAUUUAAUAAUGGUGAAAUUUUAAUACCUUUGAUAACACUCGUUUGCUGUUUUUUAUACAUGUUCUUAACCAAUUUCACCGGUCAAGAAAUUACAAAUCAUUAUAAUUAUUUAUAUGUUGCUGCGUACAAUGCUCAGUGGUACAUGGUUUCUUUACAUAUACAAAGGCUUAUAUUGUUACUGUUGCAAAGAAGUAAUAAGUCAUUUGGUUUGAAUAUUGGUGGAAUGUAUGUCGCAUCUAUAAAAUUUUUUGCUACGCUGAUGAACACAUCCAUGUCUUACUUUACGGUUUUAUAUUCAAUGCAGCAAUGAGAAAAAAAAGUAUUAUAAUAUAGAUAUGGUUCAGCAAUUAUAUAUU